AGGUAAUGUCUGUACAUGAAUUGCAAUCUAGUCUCUAGUGGGGACACCGUGGGAGGAUGAACACGGAGGAGCUGGAGCUACUGACUGAUUCCAAGUACAGAAACUAUGUAGCAGCUGUUGACAAAGCAUUGAAGAACUUUGAAUAUUCCAGUGAAUGGGCAGAUUUAAUAUCGGCACUUGGAAAGCUAAACAAGGUACUACAGAACAAUGCAAAGUACCAGGUAGUACCGAAAAAGCUGACUAUAGGCAAACGCUUAGCACAAUGUCUUCAUCCAGCUUUGCCGGGAGGGGUUCAUCGGAAGGCACUUGAAACAUAUGAGAUCAUUUUCAAAAUCAUUGGACCCAAGCGUUUGGCCAAAGAUCUUUUCCUCUACAGUUCUGGACUAUUUCCACUCCUUGCCAAUGCCGCUAUGUCUGUCAAGCCAACGUUAUUGAGUCUGUAUGAGAUUUAUUACCUCCCUUUGGGGAAAACAUUGAAACCAGGACUGCAAGGACUGUUAACUGGGAUUCUGCCUGGCUUAGAGGAGGGGUCAGAGUAUUACGAAAGAACGAACACGCUGUUGGAAAAGGUUGCCUCGGCUGUCGAUCAGUCGGCAUUCUACAGUGCUCUCUGGGGUAGCCUCCUCACAAGCCCUGCAGUUCGCUUGCCUGGGAUCACCUAUGUCCUCUCCCAUUUGAACAGGAAGCUUUCAAUGGAGGAUCAGCUCUACAUAAUUGGCAGUGACAUUGAAUUAAUGGUGGAAGCAGUAAGCACAUCAGUGCAAGAUACCAGUGUUUUAGUACAGAGGAGCACGCUGGACCUUAUCCUUUUUUGUUUUCCUUUCCACAUGAGCCAGGUAGGUUAUUCAUGUUUCCAACUUCUUCAGGCAACACGUCCAGACAUGAUCAGGAUUUUGUCAGCAGCCCUUCAUGUAGUAUUACGCAGGGAUAUGUCACUCAACCGAAGGCUUUAUGCAUGGCUUCUAGCUCACAAGCAAGCACAUAUGUCCUUCCCAGGCUACCCAGAACCCUUCCCAGCAGCUCUUGCAUCUUUCUGA